AUGGCCAGCGCGCAGCAGCUGGACGGUUUGAAGGUUGAGUGGGAGUCAUGCGAGAGGCAGGAUGACCAAAAGCGCUCAGUCGUGAAGGCAUAUCUCCCUUCCACCGUGAGGCAACUAUUUGCCUACAUUGACGACCUCUCCAACAAGUUGUCUGAGACAGAGUCUGAGCUCCAGGACAAGAAGGACGCAAUUCAGAAAGUACGCAGUGAUCUUAAGGAACAAAAGGAGGAGGUGCAGACUCUCAUUCGUGAGAAGGAUCGAUACGCAUUUGCGCUGGUUAUAGUUGACGGAGACAACAUGCCCUUCACCAACGAGCUCGUUCAACAAGGCUUGGAAGGGGGCAAAAGAGCAGUCAGCCUGCUCAAAGAGGCCGCCGAAGCAGAGCUCAAGACAUCUUUCCCCCAUCUAGCCCCCCACAUGAAGGUUCUGAUUCGUGUGUAUGCGAAUGUGGAGGGACUUGCGGCCACAUACAAGAAGCUGGACAUUACUUCAGAGGUUACGUUUGUAAACUUUGUCCGCGGGUUCAAUAUUGGACACACGCUGGCAGACUUUGUCGACGCGGGUAACGGGAAAGAAUGUGCGGAUGCAAAGAUAAAUGCGAUGGUGACUGUGCACUUGGAAGACGUUCACUGCCAGCAAAUCUUUUUCGGCGGAUCGGCCGACGCUGGAUACGCUCGUCUUCUUGAGCCGAUUGCCCGAGACAAAGCGACACGUCAACGUAUCACCCUGCUCAAGGGUCCGCCGUUCGUCCAUGAGUUAGCCAAUAUCAAGGAUAGAUUCCACGUCCCGACCACGUCCUUUGAACACAUUUUCAGGGACGAAAGGCUUCCCGAUAUCAAACGAAGAGUGUCGUUCCGCAUCACGCCCCCGACCACGCCAUCGGCGAACUACGCUUCCACAGUUGCCAAACCUCCUCCUACCACUCUGCCAUCAAGUGUCCCUGUGUCCAAGGGGAUCAUAAGAAAUCGACAAGGUCAGAGAAUUGAUCCGUCAUCCCGUUUUACGCAACAGGAGCUAGGUCCGAUUAUACAGCGCAAACUGUGUAAUGUAUUUCACCUCCUGGGAGCCUGCCCCUACCUACAGAAGUAUGGUGAUUGUGGACACACCCAUGGAGCACCCCUCAGCAAAAGGGAGCAGGACAUCUUACGGGAAAUUGCGCGCCAGUCUCCCUGCAAGAAUCGCCUCGAGUGUAAUGAUGUGGAUUGCAUCUUGGGUCACCAGUGCCCGCGCAACUGCACGUCGCCGUACUGUCGUUUUGACAAGAGCAUGCACAAUGUUGAUGUCAAGAUUUAUACUGAAACUUAG